CAUCGUCAUCCUGUAACCUGUUCUGCUGUGGGCACAUUUCUGAAUAUACUGGCAUGUACUGAGUACCUGGACAAGGUCAGACAGAAAACACGCCGAACAGCAGCCUGCUGGUCUGGCGUCAUCGUCAUUCUCCGAGGUCCUGGUGCUUCCAAACGACAUUGAGGACCUCCAUCUUAUUUUUGGGACAAGUUAAGAUCUGCGUUCCUGCACAGAAGGACUUCUUUACCGCCCCCCAAUAACGCAGAGCACUCCUGGACAGUUGGUUGCCUUGAAAACUGUGCCAAAAGGACGAUGGGAAAAGAGGAAUACAUUGAUGCUAUGUUAUCAUCAGCAGCUCUGAUGGGAAACUUUUCAAAAGCGCCAUUCUACUGAUUUCCGGGACUGAACACAACCAAACACCAUUCUUGGCAGCAUUGGAAAAAUACUGUGCACUGCAGCGAACUUGAAAAGUUUUCCCCCUUCUCCCCGUUCACUCUCCUCUGCACCUGAAUAUCCAGACUCCUAAGGGAGAGACGCAGAAUCCCACCACAGAGACCAUCGUCUUUCAGGGACGUUGCUGAUUGAGCACAUUGAACACAAAUAUGUUUAGUGCGGGAGUCACGGUAUUACACGGCGGUCAUGUAAAUAAAACAAUUUCAAGGGUAUAAACGAAGAAGUGCGCGCCCUCGGCGAAGCGCAGCAUCAGCACCAGCAUCCGAUGCGCGUCCCCGCCCCGGUAAAGGCUGCCCGAGAUCCCGGGAAGAGGAGUUGGAGCUGCGCGAGUUAAAGUUGGGCUAAAGGGGGGCUAAAGGAUGCUACAGAGCGACCUAUGGUCAAAUUAACAUAACCAAUGCGGAGAAACGUGUCCUAAGUGAAGGAUGACUUGCAAAAUACUGAGCAUAUGCCUCUUGUUUUUGGCUUUUCAACAUUGCUCAUCACGAGAAUGUGUUGAUCCGCUCGUCUCUGGACUCUAUGCCUCCUCCUUCCUGGCUUCUUCCAGAUAUAACUUUCUCUACUCUGCCAAUUUUGCCAAACUCUAUGGCAGCAGUGGCUGGUCCCCUUCCCCCAGGGACAGGCAGCCGUGGCUGCAGGUAGACCUGGGCAGGAAAUACCGCCUGGUGGCCAUCGCCACCCAGGGGACCUUCAACUCAUACGACUGGGUCACCAAGUACACGCUGCUUUAUGGGGACCGACCAGACUCCUGGACGCCGUACAUCAUGAAAGGAGGCAACUCUACAAUGCCUGGUAACUGGAAUUAUUAUCAGGUGAAGAGGAAUGUCUUCCAUUACGCCUUUACUGCUAAACAUAUUCGUCUGCUGCCUCUGGCGUGGAAUACAGAGAACGGAGGGAAGAUUGGCGUGAGGCUGGAGCUGUUUGGCUGCCCUUACGAUUCCUAUGUGCUACAAUACAACGGGGAUGACUCAGUGGUCUACAUGUACCCAGAAAAAAGGUCCCGCACACUGCAGGACCACAUCGCCAUAAACUUCAAGACGCUGGAGCAGGACGGCCUGCUGUUACACAGUGAGGGGAUUCAGGGAGACCUCUUCACGCUGGAGCUGAAGAGAGGCCGUCUCUACCUGCACAUCAGCCUGGGGAGUAGCGUUGUUCACAAAAUCGAUGGUCGGACCACGCUGACAGCUGGCAGCCUUCUGGAUAAUCUUCACUGGCACUAUGUCACUAUCAAGCGCUAUGGUCGACAGGUGAACUUCACAGUGGACAGUCAGACAGUGACAGCUAUCUGUAAAGGAGAAUUCACUCACCUGGAUCUAGAUACACAGAUGUAUGUAGGAGGAGUAAUAGAGCCAAACUUGCCCCACCUCCCUACCACACCAAAUUUCCGCGGCUGCCUGGAAAACGUCUUUAUCAACGGCAUCAACAUCAUUGACAAGGCUCAGAGAGAAGAAGAAGACAUCCGCAUACCGCGAAAGAAAAAGAUGCACUUUGCCUGCCGUGACAUCCUGCUCAAGCCGAUGACCUUCGCCGGGCCCAACAACUACCUGCAGGUGCCCGGCUUCUUCAGGAGGCCUCGCAUGUUCGUCAAGUUCAAGUUCCGCUCCUGGGACUACACAGGGCUGCUGAUGUUCACACGCUUCGCUGACGACCUGGGCGCCCUUGAGCUGGGUCUAAGCGAGGGACAGAUAAAUGUGACUAUAUUCCAGCCUGGCAAGAAGAAACUCCAGUUUGCCGCAGGAUAUAGGCUCAAUGAUGGGUACUGGCAUACAGUGGAUUUGGCAGCCAGAGACAACCUGCUAACUCUCACCAUCGAUGAGGAGGAGGGCUCACCGCUAAAGAUCACCAACCCUUUCACCAUCCGGACCGGGGACCGCUAUUUUUUCGGAGGUUGCCCAAAAACCAAUAACACGAUAAGAAAGUGUGAGACCAAGCUGAAUCGCUUCCAUGGCUGCAUGCAACACAUCUUCAUAGACAAUGAACAGCUUGAUAUUGACAUUAUCCUGCAGCGUCAGUGGGGGCGGUACGCUGAGCUGUUGUUAGGCACCUGUGGGAUCACAGACAGAUGUACUCCAAAUCCAUGUGAACAUGAAGGCAGAUGCAUCCAGUCCUGGGAUGAUUUUAUCUGUCUGUGUGAGAACACAGGCUAUAAAGGAGAAGUGUGUCACAUGUCGGUUUAUAAAGAAUCAUGUGAGGCGUACAGACUCAGUGGCAAGUACUGGUCUGGAAACUACACCAUCGAUCCUGAUCUCAGUGGGCCGCUGAAACCAUUUGAAGUGUACUGCAAAAUGAAGUCAUAUAAAGCUUGGACGGUGAUUUUACAUGAUCGAGUCGAUGGUAUCAAGGUGAGUGGGAGCUCCAUAGAUCGACCAUACAUAGUAAAUGUGAACUACUGGAACGCCUCCUGGGAUGAAGCCACAGCUCUUGCCAACACCUCUGUGUACUGUGAGCAGUGGAUUGACUACUCUUGCUAUAAAUCCCGUCUCCUCAACACCCCCAAUGGAAGACCUUUUGGUUACUGGAUUGGUCGCAACAAUGAGAGUCACUACUACUGGGGUGGGACCUUUAGAGAAGUCCAGAAAUGUGGCUGCGCCAUUAAUCAAACCUGCAUCGACCCCAAGUUUCAGUGCAACUGCGAUGCCGACUAUAGACAAUGGUAUUCUGAUAAAGGCUACUUGGACUUCAGAGACCAUUUGCCUGUGAGGAGGGUGGUGGUUGGGGACACCAACAGGACAGGCUCUGAAGCUCAAGUCACAGUUGGGCCACUCCGCUGUCACGGCGACAGAAGUAUCUGGAACACCAUAGCCUUCACCAAGCCCGCCUACAUAACCUUUCCCACGUUAAGGCCUGGUACCACUAUUGACAUCUCCUUCCACUUCAAAACCUAUCGUGGCAACUGUGUCUUCCUGGAGAACUCAGACGACCACCUUAAAAACUUUAUAAGAUUAGAACUCAAUUCUACCCAUAAUCUUGUAUUUGUAUUUAUGGUUGGCGAUGGCAUCCUUAAUGUGACCCUGCAUUCCCCUGUACCACUUAAUGACAAUGAGUGGCAUUUUGUUCAGGCUGAGCUUAAUGUAAAACUGGUCCGGAUAAAGGUAGAUUAUCAGCCUUGGGCUGUCAAGCGAUUCCCAGGCCAGACCUUUGUGACCAUGCAGUUCACACACCCUCUUCUUGUAGGUGCAGCCAAUCGCACCCAUAGGCCUUUCCUGGGGUGCCUCCGAGGCUUACGGAUAAACGGCGUCCCUCUUGAUUUGGAGGGGAAAGUAAAUGAAGAACUGGGUAUAAGAAGGAACUGUACUGGACAGUGUCUCAACGCUACUAUACCAUGUCGAAAUAGCGGCCAGUGUAUUGAGGGCUAUGCUUCCUACACUUGUGACUGUAACAACACGGCCUUUGAUGGUUUCUACUGCCAUAAAGAUAUUGGAGCUUACUUUGAGAUUGGAUCAUGGCUGAGGUACGACAUACGAAAGAAACCCGUAUCGGAUGAAGCAGCAUGGGCCAACUGGAUCGACCCGCACUAUGACAAUUUCAGCCUUGGAUAUAAUGACACGGCAGACGACAUAGAGUUCAGUUUCAGUACAGUUCACAAACCAGCUGUGUUGCUCUACAUCAGCUCCUUCGUCCAGGACUACAUUGCUGUUAUCCUUAAGACUGAUGGUAGUGUUGAUCUGAGGUAUAAGCUUGGACUAAUAACACACAAGUACCAGCUGACUCACCGAAAUCUGGCAGAUGGAUACCCUCACUAUGUGAACAUAACCAGGCACAACAGAACCAUCAAAACACAGGUGGAUUACAUGGAACCCAUAGUGGACAAGAUAACCUUAGUGGAAGACGCCAGGUUUGACUCACCUAAGUCCAUUUUCCUGGGCAGAGUGAUGGAGAUUGGCGACAUUGACUAUGAGAUCCAGAAGCAUAAUGCUCCAGGCUUCAUAGGCUGCAUAUCUGGGGUCAGAUACGAUGUCUACGCCCCUCUGAAGGCCUUCUUUCGUCCGAACGAAACAGAUCCUCCAGUAACAACACAAGGUUAUGUCUCUGAAUCAAACUGUGGUGCCUUCCCUCCUGUCCUGGGUUAUGUACCGUGGGAAGUAGACCCCUGGUUUACUGGCAUAGAGUAUUUUUAUAUCCAUGAUGACCUAGGUCUAUUUUGGAUAACAGUUAUUGUCAUUCUUGCGCUGCUGCUGCUCUUCGGAGGCAUGUACAGCAUCUACGUGUAUGCGUACCAGCAGAAAGGCAGCUACCACACCAAUGAACCCAAAAACCUGGAGUCUCCCAGCAGCGCCAGGCCACUGACCGAGACCCUGAGAAGAGAAAAAGUACACCUCCGAGAAGAGGACUUCAGGAGAGACUAGCGUCGCAGGACCUACAGGACCAUGGGUGGGGUUUGACAGGGGGGGUUAGAGCGAGGGAAAUAGCACUUACAAAAACCACAGAUACCUGUAUUAAGUCUUCAAAUUAUUUUCCUCUCUUUUCUUUUUUUUUUUACAUUUUUGUUUGUGUUCCUUUCCCCGGGGUUCAGUGGGACAUGAUGCCUGGUGCUCUACAUAGUAUGUAUUUUGGUAAGUUCUAGUUUUGCUGGAUUCAGAGUUCAAAUCAAGCCUCCUACGUUGCAUGAGUAGCCAACAAGUCUCACGCUGUAUUGCGGGGUGAAAUACUGAAGUGCCUCAUCUGAGCAAGCUUGAUUUGACGUAACUAUUAUAGCUUAUUCAGAUAGGGUUUUGCGUAGACACUGUGGGAUAUCGGGCGUUUAAUUAGGACAAAAACAUAUUCAGGCUUUUUAUUGAUUUCCGAGACAUUUCUGAGUGAGAUUAAAGCUACUAAUACCUUACUAUAAAAAUUUAAUGCCAUCUAUAAUAUACCAUUCGAUGACAAUCUCUCAUGGAGCCAUUUUUGACACCAUAGCUAAUAGUUUGUCUUGGGAUGGAGCAGCGAGCCCUUGUGGGGAACUAAAACACUAUAAGAAAAAUUUAUAAAAAAAAAAGAAAAAAGGAAACAGCAACCCACCUAAGAGAGAACAUACUGACGAGCAUGGUGCUUUGAGAUGUUAAGCUUUGAGAUGAUUCAUAUAAAGAGUGUAAAGGGUAUAUACUAUUGUAUGUAUUUGUUGUAUCGCAGCCUAUAACAAUGCAUUACCUAUACAGAAUGGCACAUGUAAGUUGUUCAGAAAUGCCAUAUUGUCAGUAGAUAGCAGCUUUGCCGUUUACAGUACGCUCAGACUCAUAACACAUUCCCAGCCACGGAGCUUUGGAAAUGAGAAUGCGAAGGCUUUAAGAUAUAGCACCUCUGGGUAUGAGAGCUAACAGAUCAAAAAAAAUAAAAUAAGGUGAUGACGACAGAGUCCUAAACAUCCAAACAAGUCCUCCCUCCUUCUGUCUUACUUCUGGCUGCUUAUGUUACGGUCAAGCUGCCAAUAGCUCGGUGCUACAGAGUGUCUGACCCCGCAUCUAAUGAGAGAAUUACAAAACUACAAUCAUCCUAAGUAUAUGACUUUCAGGGAACAGCUGCUCCCUCCGACCAUGUGGAGAAGCGCGCACACACACACACACACACACGCACGCAUACACACACACAAUACCAUAUGUACAGAGGACCACAAGAGAAUAAAUGCUUCUGUUUUAUUUUAAAUCCACACUGCUCGAAUGUUUUCGCGUGACGCCGUUAGAACAGUACCUGACCACGAUGCCAUCGCUGCAGCCGCCUGUUUAGCCGCUUCCAGUGGAAAGUUGAAAAUCCUACCUCUAGUCCAAUGAAAUUUCCCUCUUUGGCAGAACGAAAUCUCAUUUGAUGUGUGGUGCGACCAAAAGCUUAGGGCUCUCACCGCUCACUGCAGCACUCAUUGACACUAAAGCACUGUUGUGUACGUGAAGAAAAAAAAAAAAAAAAAAAUGUUAAAAAAAAAAAAGUAAUAUAUUUCCAACAUAUGAGCUAUGCAUAUGUAGAGCAUGGGCGCACUUCGCAGUAACAUGCAAUAAUAUGAGCUUCUUCCAGCCACUAAUUGUUGUUGAUGUCUCAGUUUAAUUUGCAAUUGCACAAUAGCAAGUAGGAUGUAUUGAGUGUAUACGUGAAUAUAGAAACAUUGUGUCAAGCGACUUUUUUUAUUCCUAAGGUUUAUACAAAACAAGUUUGAACCGUAAAAGGAGUGCUCUGAAUGUAAACCAUUUGACUCUGUAAUGUACGAGCAAACUCUACAGUGGAGAUCUGAUCUGAUCUUUUUAUCGUAGACUGCUCAGCACUGAAAGUAAAAAUAUAAAAAAAACAUUCUUAGUAGCUUUUUAGGACGCUCAGGAUAAAGAAAGUACAGUACUUGUUCUCUGUAGCGCCAACACACCUGGUUUUCUUCCAUUACAGACGGGCAGUGCUGUGCAAAAUUGUACAAUGGAUGUAAAAAACUUGAUGUACAGAUUUGGUCAAAACCGGCAUUUAAAGGCUAUAUUUUUAAGAAUGUGCUGUGAUGAGAUGAGUGAAAGUGAAAGUUGAGCAGUCAGAGUGAAACCGGUGGUUUGCGACUGGUUCAAAGGAUGACCUGUAUUUUUGUUAUGUGGAAAAUCCCCACUCAAAGUGCAUAUUAGGCGCAACAAACUUGUGUCUGGUGUACUUUGUUGCUCGUUAGGAAAGGAGUCGACUUAUGUAUUAUAUAAAUGUAUACACCUCACUGUACUCACCGGUCAAUGGACUACAAGCAUUCAGCCUAGCAGUGUCACAUUAUUGCAACUCACUAGUCAACUCAAGUGUGGUCCCUGAAGUGUGUGUUUGUGUGACUGACUGUAUAUUUUGUGUCUUUAUCGUUUGCCCACCAAGAUACAACCUAAAGAUGUUAAAUAAUGCCAAGUGUGCACUGAUGCCAGCUAUGGAACUCACUUAUUGUAGUGCACCAACAGUAGUGGAUUGAGACAGAAACAAGGCUUGCUGUUGUUUGUUAAGGCUCCUCCUCGUGCAGGCUAUAGGAGUUUGCGACAUUAAAAGUCUGCUGGGCCUGUGUUGAACCCAUCCCUUGCCUGGAGGCAAGGAUGUGGGUAAAACAGAUUGAAUUAAAAUGGCCAGUAGGGGGAGGCAGCCAGCAGGAUGUUGUUAGCUCAGAAAGGGUAUCUGCUCAUUACUGAAAAUGUCAGGUUAAAUGAGCGCUGUUGAACGACUCUUGGGUUAUAACACCAAAAUUUACAAACAAAGAGCACAUAUUGAGUAAAAUAUUCACAUAUUUGUCCAACAGGCACAGAGGUUUUAAUAGAAAAUUUGCAGAUACCCUGUCAACGGUGAUGUCGUGUAUGAAAUCAGGUGACACCUGACCGGAGUGAGGAGCAGGCAGGCAGGUUAGAUCAGGUUAGACUUCUCUGCAUCACAAACCAAACGCUUCUGGAACAAAUGCGAAAAAUAAAGAUUACAGUUGUGUUUUUGAUCACACUGAAAUUUCUGAUUUUUUUUUUCUUUCAGUUCGCUGUAAGUUUCUUUUGUAAUAUUUUCACUGUAAAUGACCAUUACUGUGUAAAUCAAGGCAAAGCCCAACUGUCAUCUCAAUAAAAGACGCUUGAAGGAA